CGAUUAAUAAAUAUUAUCAUAACAUGACGACAAAUUGUAUAAACAUUAACAAAAGAAAUCUGUGCGAAUCACCGCGUUCGGGGAUUCACGACUGAAGUAUUCUUCGCGCUAUGUUUUUGUUUAGCUCUCUCGUAGUUUUGUAAACUCUAGUGACAGUCGGUGCGACGAUGAAGUUCAACGCCAGUCGAUUCACAUCACACUUAGAAUACGCACCGCACAAUGUUCCCAAACCUGACGGUGCUACAGAUAGCAAUUAUCGCCCUAACGACAGUAUCUUGUGAAGUGAAUAGGGAUAAAAGGGGACGCCGGAAAAACGAUUAUCCCGACAAGUCCUUGUGGAAAAAGGAGUACGAAGAGGAAUUGACAGACGCGAUGCUGUCCAACAGACGGCGGGAAAACUACACCAGGGCGGCCCAGGGAUCCCCGUCGGACAACGACGCUAUUGUGGAAAAAUUAAUGGAGAGCAUAACUUCCAGUGAAAAAUACCUCAAAAAAGUUGACAGCAUAGAUUUCAGACUGAACAGACUGGACAUUGAAGUGCACGAGAAGACUAAUGUUAUAUUGAAGCAGUUGGCGGAAAUUGGGAAUGCUGUUCGUACGGACACAUGCGCUGACAAGUUGGAUUCCACCUUACACGCGCUCAAGUCUGAUAUGAACACCCUCAAAUUCUUUGUGGAAAAGAGACCGUCGUCCCGCACUGGAUCCAUAGGCAAAGCACUCCCGGCCGCAGCUCCCAAGAAGGCCGAAGGCGCCGAUUACCAUAUAGAUUCUACCCUGGACACUCGGCUGACGUUCUUGGAGAACCACAUGAAGAGCAUCCAGACCGGCGUGGACUCCAUCGUGGCGACUAUCUCCGAGGUCAAGAGCAGACAGUACACGAGAACAUUUGCCAAGUCUGACGUCACGGGCACCGUGGACACCAUGUCACUGAUCAACGAGUUCAGGAAGACUUUACGAGAACAGAAAAACAAGAAGUGUGAAUGCAAGUCAAACAGAGUGGAUCGUUCAGAGCGUUACCCGACAGACUGUCACGAGAUCCAGGUCCAAGGGUUCAAUGUGUCCGGGAUCUACAAGAUACGACCCGAGGAUAUGGAGCCCUUCUAUGUGCUGUGUGAUCUCACCACCGCAGGCGGAGGAUGGACGGUGUUCCAAAAUCGAUUCGAUGGAUCUCAAGAUUUCUACAAGGGCUGGUCUGACUACGAGUACGGUUUUGGUAAUCUCGCUGGCGAGUUCUGGCUGGGGCUGGAGAAGCUGAACUACCUGACUAAUCAGAAACUGUAUGAGUUGAGGAUAGAGAUGGAGACACAGCACGGGCAGGACGCGUACGCUGGCUACUCGGUCUUCACUGUAGGACCGGAGCAUGAGGGCUACAGGAUCAGCACACUAGGCACCUUCUAUGGAACUGCAGGUGAUUCACUAUCAUACCACGCCGGUCAGAAGUUCUCAACGUUAGAUGUGGACAACGAUGAGUGGAAGGAAGGCGCGUGUGCGACCGAGCAUGGCGGCGCUUGGUGGUACAAGGAAUGUGACAAGAGUAAUCUCAACGGAAAGUAUUCAAUGACUACGGAAGACAAUCGAGGGCAAUCCAUGUACUGGAUAUCGUUCAAGGGUCCCAACUUCCCUCUGACUAAGACCAAAAUGAUGAUCAGACCGCUGCCCGCCAGCAAGCCGAUAGACUACAUGGAUACGAACAGGAAAAUUUUAGAAGGUCCGGAACUGAGACCCCCCGUCGACAAAGUGAGACCGAUCCCCGAUAAGUUACCGGGACUGCGAACCAAUAAUGUAAAGGGCACGUACGACCUGAGCCCCAGCCAUAGCCAGUACAGAUACGACGAGCCUACCGCCGACGCCUUCUUCCCUAACUACGCGUGACUCCGUGGGACUAGCCACCAACUGUAAACUGCAAUGCACCGUAUGUUAAGCUAGGCUAGCGUAUAUUAGUGAUAGCGUCAGUUCCUUGUGACGUACUUACAACCCUAGUUAAUUCGCUCCAACUCGUAUAGUUACCAAAACAAUGUAAAUAGAGUAGUAGGAUACCUUGAAUAAUUGUUCGUCGAUAAUGUAGUUCAUAUAGAGCUCAACUCGCCUAUUGCCAGGAACCUUGGGUCCCGUAGUUACGUGCCCAGGUCAUGCAAUCAUUUGAUAUUAUUACUUACGUUUCCUUAUUGGGAAAUUCGAGAUAAUCUUGACAAUUGAGUAGACAGUUGUGACGUAGGUAUUUGUAUUUGUAUUUUUAAGGCGUUUCUGUAUAAAUUAUGUUUACUUUAGUAGAAAUUAUGCGUGAACUUUGUAUAGACCGGUACUAAAAUAAAUUGUUCUAUUGAAUUGUAUGUUUUAUGUAAAACUAAGAUUAGCGAUGUUAUAAUUAUUUUUACAAUCAUGAUGUACAGCCCAUUUUUUUAUAUUAUUGUGCUCUUAUCUCGGUUUAUGUCUUUAUUAUUCUUGUAAUGAUCGUACCUAGUAGUUUUACAUCGGUUUUAAACAAAUUGUGUCGCGGUUUAUUCUAUAUUUUUCUAUAAACUAAAGGUUUUCUUGACCCAGAAGUUUUUAGUGCUCUCCAAAUAAAUCGCCACACAUUUUGUCAAGUUUAUUCAGACUCAUAUUCAUACAGUAGGAAGAUAUAUUUAUA